AUGUUCAACUGCAUUCGGUCCGAACCCCUUCAGAAGGUUCCAACAAAAGACCCAAGCAUCACAUGCCAUGUUCUAGGUACCGAGCCUUUGGGCUAUGACCAAAUGAAUAUCCGGCAGACUGGACUAGCUGUAUCUUCGAGUGAAAAAUUUUCUCCUAGUCCCGAUUCGAUUCCAUUACUUGAUCUUCAUAUCGCAUACGCCAAUUUUCAUGCUUUAAACUGGAACCUAAGUGAUACGGGCAGAAUGAUCAUAGAUGGAGCUGGAGAGAAUUGGCUCCGACCAGAUCACUUGUCUUAUGAUCUGGCUCUACCUACCUUUCACAACACCUCUCGCGAGAGCUCCGCAUUCGUGAAUCACAUCAAGCCUAUGACUGAAUCAAGAUACGAGGAAUGGGAACAGUCUAUGGGAUCGUAUGUUUUUCCUGGAAAUCCAACUGGUGACCACAGAAAUCUCCUCGAUUUCGAUCCUAUCGAUAAAUCUACAUAUAUCGAUUCUUCAGAAAUUAUGCAGGAAGAAGUUCCAAAAUACUUUCACCACCAGCCAUGCAUUUCAACUGAAAAGAGUGGCCUGGUCUCAGCUCCCCCACUCGCCCGAAGAGCUCAAGCCCAAGCUAGUGCUCAAAAUACCCUCAAUGACCAGCUGAAUGAUGCGCCCUACUCCUAUCUCAUCUGGCAAGCGCUACUCGCUGCUCCUGGAAAUCAGCUUUCCCUUCGAGAUAUCUACGCAUGGAUCCAGCAUAAUACGGACAAACCAUCUCGGACUGUCGGAAAUGGCUGGCAAAACAGUAUUCGCUAUAACCUUUCAAUGAACACAGGAUUCGAGAUGGUUCAGAUCGAGAGCUGUAACAACUUUCCUAGAAGAAUGUGGCGUUUAACAGAUGAGGCGAAGAAAAGUGGCAUCAAAUCCACAUCUCGAAGUCGGAAUGAGAACACCCACAAAGGCUUCACUGUCCCAAGCUUUAGCAGCUCUUUCCAGCCAAACAUGCUUGAAUUUGGAAAGGUGGAGAUGAUGUAUGGCAACUAUUUUCGCUAA